UCAACCGGGAUCGGAACUAAAAGAAAAUCAGAACAAAGUUUCGCUUUUGAAUAUGAUCACGUCCUGUUUUUUGUGGCUACUUACAAUUCUUGGCAGCACAGUUGCUUAUAUAGAAAUCUCUGAAGAUUAUCUAGCUUUCAUAAAGCAAGAUGCCGUAAACGAUCAGGCUGCUGGGGAGUAUAACUAUGAUGAGCAGGGAGAUGACUGGCAAGGAACAUGCCAGUCAGGAACAUCCCAGUCUCCCAUAGAUCUCAUUUUCGCGGAUGCAAAGAUUGUUUCCAUUCCCCGACUGCGAUUCAAUUACUAUAACCAAACCCUACGUGCUCCACUGGUGAUCACAAAUAAUGGCCACACAGCCAACAUGGUGAUUCCUCUUACUAGGGAUGGAGUGCGUCCGUAUAUAAACGGUGGACUUCUGCCUGGCGAUUUUGAAGUCCAGAGCGUGCACUUCCAUUGGGGUUCCAGGAACACAAAGGGUUCCGAGCACGCCAUUAACUAUGAGCGCUACGAUGUGGAAAUGCAUAUUGUCCACAAGAAUACCAAGUACGCCAAUAUGAGUGAUGCCACUUUGAAUCCGGAUGGGCUGGCAGUCCUGGGUGUCAUGAUGAGGGCGGUAAACCGACUGAGCACUCGAAACCAUGGACUUAACAAGAUCUUCAACCAGCUGCCUCGGAUCGUGGAGUACAACUCGAACGCAACCAUCACUGGCACUUUGAAUGUGGGCCAGUUGCUUGGAAAUAUAGUAACUGGGGAGUUUUAUACCUACAAUGGAUCCUUGACCACGCCGGACUGUGCAGAGGCGGUAACUUGGAAUGUUUUCAGCGAUGUCCUCGAAUUUCCUCAACGUCAAAUAGCAAAACUUUACAAUCUUCAGGAUUCACGCAAGAGGCCAUUGAUUAAUAAUUAUAGGAGCAUACAGGAUACAAAUGACAGAGCUAUAUAUUAUAGGGCUCUAAGCUUAUAGAAAAAUAAUAUAACACUAA